AUGACUCUUACUAUGAUUCAAACAUCAACCGAGUUCGAAGCGGAUCAGCUCUACAACGCCAUUCACUACUCAGAUUUCGCUUAUGACUACACAACGACGGUUUCAGCCUAUUUGAAAGACUUUCCUGCUCUUCCCUCCGCUUCGACUACCGAAUACUCCUACGCACCAACCUCAAUACCUACCUGGUGGUCAGAAUUCGCGCACAACACACUUUUGUCAGACAUGUCUUAUCCAGUCUCACCAAGAGAGUUGAAAUCUCUCAUCGAAGCCGAAUUACACCAAGGUCUCACGCAGUCUGCUAUCCUCCAGCAUUGGAUGAAGAGAUCUGGGAGCGAAAUCCCGCUUGGCAGUGCCGCUGCAGCCGCAGCACUCCAAGACGCCAUUAUCGUGGCCUCUGAUGCCGAGUGGUACGAGCACGAUGACCAUUUCAUCACGGAACUCGGAAUAUCUGUUCUCGAUCCGCGUUCCGUGCCACAACCAUUUUCCUCAUCGCCAUGGGGUAUUCUCACCAGCAUGGAGAACUACCACGUGCGCAUCAAGCCCCACGCACAUCUCACCAACAAAGACCUCUGCGAAGGGCAUCCAGAUGCCUUUCAAUUCGGCAGCACAACCUUUGUCAGCGUGAAAGAAGCGAAAGAAAUGCUGCGCAGCAUUUUCACUCGCCGAGACAUAUACGGUAACCUACGUCCAAUAAUCUUCGUCGGCCACGCCGUGUCAAACGACUACGAAGUCAUAAAAUCGCGCUUUGGUCUCGACCUUGAAGAAAUCGGCACCAUCGUCGCAACAAUCGACACACAAGUGCUGGCCGUAGAGCACGGCCUCGUAAACCCAUCCCGCAAAAUCCGCCUUGCACAUCUCCUCGCCGAAUACGACAUCAAAGAACCAUACCUUCACAACGCCGGCAACGACAUCGUAUGCACCAUGAUCGCCGCCUUCCUAAUGCUUUGUCCUCCAACCCAAACCCCGCUCAACAAACUCCACUACGUGGACCUCAAAGCGCAACUCCACAAUGCGGGCCAAACCGCCAUCAAAGAAGGUCGCGGCUACGGCGUCACGCGUUUCUGCGAGAAAUGCGAUUCCCAUCACCACACCGCACCGUAUUGUCGCGUGAGCGUGUGGCACUGUGAACACUGCGAGAAAGACCCCCUGACACGACACAUGGCGUAUACUCAUAAUUCGCAGAAAUGCAUUCAUGUAGUCAAGCAGGCUGCGCUGAUCAAGAAACAGGGCAGCAUGGGCUAUGGACAGGGUGGGUCGAAGCGCUCGAGUAGUCCUAAUGCUGUGCCGUGUGAGUUUUGUAUUGAGAGUACGGAUCCGAGACGGUAUUGUAAUGAAAAUGCCUAUGGGCACAAGACGGGGGAUUGUGCCUGGCGGAGAUAG